AUAUUUACAGAUCUUCCCUAAGAAGGAUUGAUCAUUGCCAUGGCUGAGUAUUGAUUUGCUACACUUUACUUUAAAAUUGUGCAACAGAAUAGGGGAUGGAUGCUGUGUAAGCAUUAACCAAAUGACAACAGAGUUAAAGUGACCUCUGUGCUAGAGUCCAGUCAGAUUGGUGUCACCUGAACCGUUCAGAUAAUCUUUGCUGUCGCUGGUUUAGUGUAACUCCCUCUAUGGCUUCUGCAGAAACAGAUUAUAAAGCUCCUUUCUCUCUGGACUCCUACCAUGUUUCUGAGGAAUAUGGCUUCAUCCUUCCUGCACCUCUGGAUGAGCUUCCACCGUACUACCAGCCAUGGAUGGAUAUUGCCCUGCGGGUCCCAGAGCUUGUGCACUCUCAUGAGUUGCGCUCCUAUGUUAACAAGAUGCCACUGCUGAAGAGCGAGUUUCUGCAGAAACACAGGGAGCUGCGGCUGGCCCACCUGGCGCUGGGCACGAUGACCAUGGGUUACGUCUGGCAGGAGGGAGAGACAGGCAAAGUCGAGGUGCUGCCUCGCACCCUGGCUGUUCCGUACUGGGAAGUGUCACAGCGGUUAGGACUUCCCCCAAUUCUCACCCAUGCAGAUGCAGUGUUGGCAAACUGGAAGAAGAAAGAUCCAGAUGGGCCUAUUGAUGAGGAGAACGUGGAGAUGCUUCUGUGCCUGCCGGGGGGAGAAAGUGCCCGAGGCUUCCUGAUGGUCACCCUGCUGGUGGAGCAGGCUGCAAUUCCUGCACUGAGGAACAUUCCCACUGUGAUCAAUGGAGUCAGGCGACGUGACCCUGAGGCUGUGGCAGAAGCUCUGGAGGUCAUCACCCGGUCUAUACAGGACAUGACUGCUGCACUCAAACUGAUGCAUGAGUACGUGGAGCCUUCAGUCUUCUACGGCAUCAUGAGAAUCUUCCUGUCUGGGUGGAAAGACAACCCAAAUAUGCCAAACGGGCUGAUUUAUGAAGGAGUCCAAACACAACCGAUGCAGUAUUCAGGAGGGAGUGCAGCACAAAGCAGUCUGCUGCACUGCUUUGAUGAACUUCUGGGAGUCAAACAUGAAGAAAACAGCAGUUCCUUUCUAAUCCGCAUGAGGGACUACAUGCCACCUGCUCACAAGAAACUGAUCCAAGACAUUUCUUUACAACCCUCCCUGAGGAGUUUUGUCCAGCAGCAGGCCAGCGAGGCGCUAACGCAGUCCUUUCAUCUGUGCGUCACAAAGCUGUUGGCUCUGCGCAGCUACCACAUCAACGUCGUCAGUCGCUUCAUCACCGUACCUGCCGCUCGAGCCCGGCAGCUGCGCAACCAGAGCCAGGACUCGGAGGACGGGGGGGUGAUCAGCAGAGCCCCCACGGCCCUGGAGGAGAGGGGCACCGGCGGCUCCGGCAUCAUGACGUUCCUGAAGACAGUGAGAGACCAUACAAAAGAGGCUUUGCUGUCGGAGACAAGCGAAGAAAUAAAACACCAUAACUGAUUUCAACUGUCGUCAUGAAGGAUUCCAAAACAGAGAUGUGGUAUACGUCACUUAAACAACACUUUGAUCAACUCUGAUUACUUUGCCCACUGUUGUAUAUGUCAUUAAAACUAUGGGUUUUGGCAGAGAGUGGGGGCCUUUCAUUGCUCGUCUUGCAUAUAGCUGUGUUGUUUAUGUAAACAGGCCUUAGCUUAAUGGACAUGAGUGAUGCCCAUCAUUCAGUCCAAACCAUAAUUCAAACCAUUGCUUUCCAUUUCAUUACAUCCAACCCCUAAUUCCUUCUUUAAUUGCAACUGAGAUGCCAAAAAUGCAGCAGAUGUCUGUUCCAGACCCAUGUAUCUCGAGGACAAUUGGACAUAAGACAGCUCAAGCCCAUUUCUUUCUCAGAAAGUUAUUUUGAAAUUC